GCUUCGCUGCACCCGUGGUCAUGGCCGACUUCCUCCUCCGCCCCCCUACGAUACCUUCGAUACAUAGCAGUAAUUCCUCUGCACCAUUACCAAAGCGACCGAAGCGCGCCUCGACAGCCUCGCAGCCCGCUGACCCGACCCUCGUGCAGACCGUCUCCCAGAAGGUCAAGGAAGCGGCGGGCCUCUGGCGAUCCUGGAAAGAUGGCGUGAGCGGCGAAGAGCGCGAGAGGGCAAGGCUUCUCGAAGAAAGGAAGAAUAUCCUCUAUCUACGCAUGAAGAGUGCUGAGACAUGGAAACAAUGGCAAGCAGCAGCGCAGGAACUCGACGCCCUCGAAGGCAACGACGACUGGAAACAAGACGUUGACAGCGGCGACUACAAUCCCAGGCUCAUUGAGCAGCGGCUUCAGGCCCUCGACGAGGCCAGAGAGAGUCGAGACAUCCGCACCAUGAUGCACCUCAUCCGAACCUCCCUGUCGCGCGAUCUCGGCGGCAUGGGCAACGUCGACCUCUACCGGCACUCGUACCUCGGCACCAAGUCAUUAAUCGAGCGCUAUGUCGAAUCGACAAUCGCAACUAUUGACGCCGCCAUUGUCCACAGCGCCUCGGACAAGAGCAUUGCCUACAGAGACUUGCUUGAGGGCAUGCUGCUUGCGCGCCAGAGCUUCGGACGAAGCGCUCUGCUGCUCUCCGGCGGUGGCACGUUCGGCAUGGCGCAUGUCGGCGUUCUCAAAGCCUUGUUCGAGGCCCAGCUUCUGCCCAGAAUCAUAUCAGGCGCCAGCGCUGGGAGCAUCGUCUGCGCCGUCAUGUGUACGCGCACGGAUGAGGAGAUCCCGCAGCUGCUCAAAGAGUUCCCCUAUGGGGACUUGGCCGUCUUUGAAGCGCAAGACAGCCAAGACGGCCUCUUGGACCAUUUUCGUCGCCUGCUAACGGAAGGCUGCUGGUCCGAUAUUGCCCAUCUUAGGAGGGUAAUGAGGACCAUGAUGGGCGACAUCACCUUCCAAGAGGCGUACAACCGCACUCGUCGUAUCCUCAACAUUUGCGUCUCGUCCGCGUCCGUCUAUGAGGUGCCACGACUGCUCAACUAUGUCACCGCGCCCAACGUCAUGAUAUGGUCUGCUGUGGCAGCGUCCUGCUCGGUCCCUCUCAUCUUUGACUCGUCCCCUCUGCUGGUCAAAGAUCCGGUGACGGGGGAGCACCGCCAGUGGAACCCAUCGCCCCAGAGGUUCAUUGACGGCUCGGUGGACAACGACCUGCCCAUGACGCGCCUUGCGGAAAUGUUCAACGUCAACCACUUCAUCGUAUCCCAGGUGAACCCUCACGUCACCCCCUUCCUUUCCAAAGACGACCACCUGUCGCCGGAGAAUAAAAGCGCCCGCAAGAGUGCCAGCGCCGGCGACAACUUGGACUGGCUGUACACCGCCACAUCGCUCGCCAGAGAUGAGGCGCUCCACCGACUGCAGUUUAUGGCAGAAAUGGGCUUCUUCCCUAACAUGAUGACCAAAUUUCAAAGCAUCCUCAGUCAAAAGUACUCGGGUAAUAUCAACAUCCUACCUGAUCUGUCGCUUGACAACCUCCCUGUGCUUCUCCGCAACCCGACCGUGGAUUUCAUGCUCAAGUGCUGCCUGGUUGGCGAAAGAGCGACCUGGCCAAAGCUGUCCAGAAUACGCGACAGCUGUGCGAUAGAGCUGGCGCUGGACCGCGCAGUGCAUCGACUGCGGACAAGAGUUGUCUUUUCAGAGAGCCAGAGCAACCUCAGGGGUAUGGCUUCGCAUCAAAGCAGCCUGCGGCUCAACCCCUAUGGCCAGACAUCUGCGCAGCAACAUCUCGGUGUGAUAGGUGCCAACCAGGGCCAGAAGCGCCAGCGGCGACGUUCGGGGGGGAGCCUCCGUAUGUUGCCCGGCGCGGGCCUAGUCCUGGACUCUGAGUUGACAGACGAGGAUACCGCGGAGGAAGAGCGCCUCGAAAUCGCCUCGAGACGACCUGGAUUCGCAUCGUCAACUUCUCUUCGCAAGCCGCAGCUCAAGAGGUCAAGCGUGAGCCAAACGCAUGUGCCCCAGCUGGCUACUCAGACUCGGGUUUUCACCCAGCAAACUCCAACCUUUAACUUCUCCAAGCCUCUGACACCGCCCUCCAGUGUCUCCGGCGAGGGGGACGCCACUGAUGCGACAAGCACCAGCUUUUCAGAGGGAAGACUCUCGGCUACCUUUGUCAAUGACAGGGAUGGCCGUGUUCUGCCGACGUUGGGCCAUGUGAUAUCGCUAGUCGACGAAGUAGAGACAAGCGAGCUAAAUUAUACUAGCGACACAGAGGUGGACUAAGGAACUGAGGAGAGCGACCCCGAUGACAGCCAGUCUGGACUUGCUGAGGACACUGCCAAACCAGCGAAUCAUGGCGCAUCUCGUCCCACCAGGCAUCUUAUUGGUGGCUUUUGG